AUGGAUGAUUCAGGGAUCAUCCGGAGACGGAGGCUGCAGAAGGAUUUACCUCUGCCGCGGAAAAGUAGCAGUUGCAGAACCAGUAACAGGAAAAGCCUCAUCCUGACCAGCACGUCGCCCACGCUGCCACGGCCGCACUCUCCACUGCCUGGACACAUAGGAAGCAGUCCGUUGGACAGCCCGCGUAACUUCUCACCUAGCGGACCUGCCCACUUUUCCUUCGCCUCCUCUCGCAGGGCUGAUGGUCGUAGAUGGUCCUUGGCUUCUCUGCCUUCCUCAGGAUAUGGCACCAAUACACCCAGUUCAACGUCAUCCAGCUCGUCCCAGGAGCGUCUGCACCAGCUGCCCUUCCAGCCGACCAUGGACGAGCUGCACUUCCUGUCCAAGCACUUUGGCAGCACCGAGAGCAUCACGGACGACGACGGGGGCCGACGCUCGCCGCACGUCCGCCCGCGCUCUCGAAGCCUCAGCCCGGGGCGCUCUCCAUCCUGCUAUGACAAUGAAAUAGUGAUGAUGAACCAUGUCUACAAGGAGCGCUUCCCCAAGGCCACGGCUCAGAUGGAGGAGAGGCUGGCAGAGUUCAUUCAUAACUACUGCCCAGAGAGCGUGCUGCCACUGGCCGACGGCGUCCUCAGCUUCAUCCACCACCAGGUCGCCGAGCUGUCCAGGGACUGCCUGACCAAGUCACGCGAGGGUCUCAUCACCAGCGUCUACUUCUGUGAGCUGCAGGAGAACCUGGAGAAGCUGCUGAAUGACGCCUACGAGCGCUCCGAGAGCUCCGAGCUCACCUUCGUCAUCGAGCUGGUCAAAAAGCUCUUCAUCAUCAUAUCUCGUCCAGCCAGGCUCCUCGAGUGUUUGGAGUUCAACCCUGAAGAGUUUUACCACCUGCUGGAGGCGGCGGAGGACCACGCCAAGGAGGGACAACUGAUGAAGGCAGACAUCCCUCGAUACAUCAUCAGCCAGUUGGGGCUGACCAGAGACCCGCUGGAGGAAAUCGUUGGCCUCGACAGCUACGACAGUGAGGGUCCACACACUCCAGAGACCGAUGACUCAACAGAGGGAAGAGGGAGAACCAUCAAACCACCGAGUGAAGAAGAUUUUCAGAGCAUCAAACUGAUCAGCAAUGGAGCUUAUGGCGCCGUCUACCUGGUGCGACACAGAGAGACGCGUCAGCGCUUUGCCAUGAAAAAGAUCAACAAGCAGAAUCUGAUCCUGAGGAACCAGAUCCAGCAGGCGUUUGUGGAGAGAGACAUCCUCACCUUCGCGGAGAACCCGUUCGUCGUCUCCAUGUUCUGCUCCUUUGAGACGCGGAGACAUCUGUGCAUGGUCAUGGAAUAUGUUGAAGGUGGUGACUGUGCCACUUUGCUGAAGAACAUCGGGGCUCUGCCUGUGGAGCUGACAAGGAUGUACUUUGCAGAGACCGUUUUAGCCCUGGAAUACCUGCACAACUACGGCAUCGUCCAUAGAGACCUCAAACCUGACAAUCUACUGAUCACCUCCAUGGGACACAUCAAGCUUACAGACUUUGGCUUGUCUAAAAUGGGUCUAAUGAGCCUCACCACCAACCUGUACGAGGGACACAUCGAAAAGGAUGCCAGAGAGUUCCUGGACAAGCAGGUGUGUGGUACUCCAGAGUACAUCGCUCCAGAGGUUAUUCUCCGUCAGGGCUAUGGAAAGCCAGUGGACUGGUGGGCCAUGGGCAUCAUCCUCUAUGAGUUCCUGGUGGGCUGCGUGCCGUUCUUUGGAGACACUCCGGAGGAGCUGUUUGGACAGGUCAUCACAGACAACAUAGUUUGGCCAGAUGGUGAUGACGCCUUACCUGCGGAUGCCCAGGACCUCAUCUCUGCCCUGCUGCAGACCAACCCUCUUGUGAGGUUGGGUACAGGCGGAGCGUUUGAGGUGAAGCAGCACUCGUUCUUCACGGAGCUAGACUGGAACAGUUUGCUGAGACAGAAGGCAGAGUUCAUCCCUCACCUGGAGUCAGAGGAGGACACCAGCUACUUCGACACCCGCUCGGAUCGGUAUCACCACAUCAAUACGUACGAUGAGGAUGACACCAAUGACGAUGAGCCGGUGGAGAUCAGACAGUUCUCCUCCUGUUCUCCUCGCUUCAGCAAGGUGUACAGCAGCAUGGAGCAUCUGUCUCAGCUGGAGCAGAAGGCUUCGACCUCCGUGUCCCGUCGGGAGCACAAGGGCCCGCGGGAGGACAAGGUGACCAAGAGAGAGAGCCUGGGCAGCUUCAGCAUGAGAGACAAGAGCUGGAGGACCGGAUCCCCCGAGAUGAAGCGCCUGUCUUGCUCAGAGUCCCUCUACAUGGAUGGGGAUGGGAGUCCUCCUCUUGGCGCUCGCCGACGCUUCUCAGCCCUGAUGGACACGCAUCGUUUUGCCUCUCCACUAGACGGUGAGCCAGACUUCCUGUCCCGCCAGGCACCCAUGAAGGUCCGUGGAACCUCACUGGACGGCACCAGCGUCCCAUCACCGAGCCUCCUGGAGCAGAGGAACGGUCUGAAGGAGAUCAACGGAGCAGACAAGUCCCCUAGACAUGGAGAGACACCCGGAGCUACCCCGGCAAUCCCCUGUUUAACCCCAGGUCCUGCAGCAGCGGCUCGUGAUGUGAUAACCCCUCUGUACGACCCUCUGGGGCCCCGGGCCACCAAUGACCUGGUCCUCCGCAGGGCGCGCCAUCAGCAUUUGUCUGGCGACAGCGAGAAACGCAACUCCAGAGCCGGAAACAAGGUCACCAAGUCGGCGUCUGCCACGGCCCUGUCUGUCAUCAUACCAUCAGUGGAGCAGCACGGCGGUUUCUCUCCGCUGGCCAGCCCCAUGUCCCCCCACUCGUUCUCCUCCAACCCCUCCUCCCGAGACUCUUCUCCCAGCAGAGACUUCUGCCCGGCGGUGAGCGUGCUGCGCUCUCCCAUCACCAUCCAUCGCUCCGGAAAGAAGUACGGCUUCACUCUCAGGGCCAUCAGGGUCUACAUUGGGGACAGUGACAUCUACAGCGUGCAUCACAUUGUUUGGCAUGUGGAGGACGGAGGCCCCGCCCAGGAAGCUGGCCUGUGCGCCGGUGACCUCAUCACCCACGUGAACGGGGAGUCCGUCCACGGUCUGGUCCACACUGAAGUAGUAGAGCUCAUCCUCAAGAGUGGAAACAAGGUGACAGUGACAACAACGCCUUUUGAGAACACCUCGAUUAAAGUCGGUCCCGCCCGCAAGGCAAGCUACAAGUGUAAGAUGGCCCGACGCAACAAGAGGACCAUGGGAAAGGACGGCCAGGACAGUAAGAAGCGUAACUCCUUGUUCCGUAAGAUCACAAAGCAGUCCAACCUGCUGCACACCAGCCGCAGCCUGUCCUCUCUGAACCGCUCUCUGUCCUCCAGUGAGAGUCUCCCCGGCUCCCCGACCCAUAGCUUGUCUGCCCGAUCCCCGACUCAGGCCUACCGCUCUACCACCGAGUCCUCAUAUCUGGGUGCCUCCUCCCAGAGCAGCUCUCCGGCCUCCAGCACUCCAAACUCCCCCGCUCCCUCUCAGCACAUGAGGCCCAGCUCCCUGCACGGCCUCUCCCCGAAACUCCACCGCCAGUAUCGCUCUGCCCGCUGUAAGUCUGCGGGCAACAUCCCCCUGUCCCCGCUGGCCCACACGCCCUCCCCCACCCAGUCCUCGCCCCCGCCGCUGCCUGGCCACACCGUAGGGAGCUCCAACACCACCCAGUCCUUCCCCGUCAAGCUCCACUCCUCACCGCCGGUGGUCCGCCCCAGGCCCAAGAGUGCUGAACCGCCUCGAUCUCCUCUUCUCAAACGGGUGCAGUCGGCGGAGAAGCUGGGCUCGCCUCUGACCCAGUCCAGCUCCACAGGAGGGCUGGGCGGUCCGCUGAGGAAGCACAGCCUGGAGGUGCAGCACUCUGAGUACCGAAAGGAUGCCUUCCUCUGCGAGCUCGGGCUCCAGAGCCUGCUGGAGACGGACGGGGAAAACAUGCCCCCAAAUCCUCCACCCCUGCCCUCAUCCUCUACAAACCCAGAGACCGGGGUCCUGAAGCCUGUGAGGAGACUGGGGAGACAGGAGUCACCGCUCAGCAGGGAAACACUGCUGGCUGGGAGGGACAGGGAAGAGAGGGAGAGGGGACGGGAAAGGGAGAAAGAGAGGGAGAAUAAUACGGGGACAGUCCUGGAGAGAUUGAGUCGCAUUGAGUCGUCAAUAACAAGAAAACCUCAUAGUGAGCUGCCCUUUAGCUCGCAGGCUGGCCAGAACUCCAGACUGAAUGCGGAAACCACUAAAGCUACAACUAUUAGCACCCCUACCAAAACAACAGGAAGCCUAGGUGGUCAGAAAGGACCUGAAAAGAUCCCUCAUAGUCCGGCCGACCUAACAUCCAAACAGCAAGACCCCAUGGGAGCCAGAAGUGUGUUAUCUAAUAUUAAAGAUAUCCAGGAGCAACUGUGGGGCAGAAGUGAACCGAAGCAGGAAGGAGACAGCAGGGGUAGGCCUGGUGUACCUGGUGCUGCCUUCACCAGGAGCUCUGCCUCCACUCCGGAUAAAUCCAUCAACGUCAACGCGUCAGUGAAAGCUGGUCCUCUGAGCAUGAGCAAACCCUUUAAACCAUCAGGUAUGGGGGACAGCCUGAGAAAGUCUGGAGCAGAGAGCGGCGACUCGAGGACUCCAGACUUCGGCUCCAAAAGCCCAAAGCUCCCAGCGCGCGUCCUCGCCCCCGUCGUCCCCCCACAUGGGCAGCCGCUCUCGCUGGGCAAGGUGAGGCAAGGACUUGGGCCCGUCAACUGCUACCGUGGGACCCUCGACUGGGAGGACAAAUGUCGCCUGGAGGUGGUGGAGGAGCAUUCGCCUUCCCCUUCUCCCUCCCCGACGUCCGUCGCCCCCUCCCUCUGCGGACCUUCGCUCUGCAAGCCACGGCCCGUCUCCCCCGGGGAAAAGACGAGCUUCGUCAGCCAGCUGACCACAGUGGCCAAAAACGUCCUCGGGCCCAUCAAGCUCGGCUCCCAGGAGGGGUCCAGGAGCAGAGAGCAGCAGACUAAGGCAGCGGAGGAGAGGCAGGGAGGCGCAGCGGGAAAGUCUGACACUCCCGCUGGAGGUCGAGUGGUUGUUGGGGCUGCAGUGGUGACCCAAAGUCCUGCUGGGUCACCACUAGAGAGGGGUAGCAGCCAGUCCAAAAUGUGACCCCAUGGGUCCCUAA